AUGGUCGAUAUUACCAAACGAAUUUUUUGGCAUUUUUCACUUAAAGACUUAUUAACGAUUCUAUGUUCAGCUGCUAUACCCAUAGCGCUGGCUAUUUAUACUUCAAUUGGGCAUCAGCAACAAAAAAAGGAAGCUGAAAAAACACGACAGUUUGAUUUGGAACAAGCUGAAAAAUUAAGACAACGAGCACUUUAUGAUGAGUUUUUAAAUAAUAUCUAUAAACUGGAUAAAGAUGGUUAUCUAAACGACACAAAAAAUCCAUGGGCAUUUGCGAAUGCAUAUUAUCGUGCUGCACAUCGUCAAUGGGAUACAGUACGUAAAGGAGACGUUUUACAAUUUCUUAAAGAACAACAAUUAAUUGGUAGAAAUAAUUGUACUGAUGGAUGUAAAACAACAAAUUUAGAUGAUAUAAUUCGUUUGAAUGAGUUAAACUUUGAUAAUGUGCAUCUAGCAAGUCAAACAGGUGCAUUAAAUAAGCUGAAUUUACAAUGUGUUUCUUUUGAUCAUGUCUCAAUGACAAAUGCUGAGUUUUCAUCUGUUAGUUUAAAUGGUGUAUCAUUUGAUGGAGGACGGUUAGAUAGCGUGAAAUUUGAUGGUUCAUCUUUAGUUUGUGCUAGUUUUAAUGGUGUAAAUCUAUCAGGAGUAGAUUUUGGAAACUCAGAUCUGACAGGUGCAAAGUUUUUAAACAGUGAUUUAUCGAAUGUUAAAUUAACAGAAGAUCAAAGAAAACAAGCAUCAUUUCAUAAUGUGACUAUGUCAAAUGGAGAGAAGAGUGAAAUUGAAUCCUCAACGACAACAAAAGAACCUAUAACACAAACAACAGCAAUAAAAAAAACAGAAAUGUCGACAACAACAUUAUCAUCAUCAUCAUCAUCAUCGUCUACAACAUUGAUAACAACGCCAUCAACAACAACAUCCUCAAUGACUUCACAAACAACAUCAACAACAACAACAUCCUCAAUGACUUCACAAACAACGUCAACAACAACAAUAUCAUCAUUUUCAACAACAAUAACAACAACAGCAUCCUCAGCAACUUCAUCAACAACGUCGUCAUCAUCAACAACAUCAACAACAAUAACAACAACAUCAACAACAUCAGCAACAACAAUAACAACAACAUCAACAACAUCAGCAACAACAAUAACAACAACAACAACAUCAAUCGCUUGUAAUAGUACAUUUCGUAAUCAAACCACUUACUCAGUUGGUUUAAUGCCGCAUGCAGUAGUAGUAGUUGAUGUGAACGACGAUAACAAACCCGAUAUUGUCGUUGCAAACCACAAGUCAAACACCACCAGUGUUCUUUUUAACAUCGGCAACGGCACUUUUUCUUCUCAAGUUACUUACUCAGUUGGUGGAGCUCCAGUAUCAGUAGAAGUAGUCGAUGUUAAUAGCGACAAUAAAUCCGAUAUUGUCAUCGCAAAUUGGGGUUCAAACACUGUCAGUGUUCUUCUGAACAUAGGCAACGGCACAUUUUCUUCUCGAACUAACUACCCAGUUGGUGUCAUGCCACGGUCAGUAACAGUGGUUGAUCUGAACAGCGACAACCAACCUGAUAUUGUCGUUGCAAAUCAAGGUGCAGUCUUCAUCAGUGUUCUUUUUAACAUCGGCAACGGCACUUUUUCUACUCAAACUAAUUACGUAGUUGGUUCUGGAUCGUAUGCAGCAGUUGUAGCCGAUGUGAACAGCGACAAUAAACCCGAUAUUGUUACUGCAUAUGCGUCUUCAAACACCGUCAGUGUUCUUCUCAACAAAGGCAACGGCACUUUUUCUUUAACAGGCUACUUAGUUGGUGGAGGUCCACAGUCAAUCGCAGUAGUCGAUUUGAACAACGACAACAAACCCGAUAUUGUCAGUGCAAAUUCAGCUUCGAAUACCGUCAGUGUUCUUCUCAACAAAGGCAACGGCACUUUUCCUCUUCAACUUACUUUCACAGUUGGUGCAGGUCCAUUGUUAGUAGCAGUAGCUGAUGUAAAUAGUGACAAUGAACUCGAUAUUGUCACUGCAAAUAUGAAUGCAAAUACCGUCAGUGUUCUUCUUAACCAUGGCAACGCCACUUUUUCUCCUCAUACUACUUAUGCAGUUGGUGGAGCUCCAGUAUCAGUAGCAGUAGCCGAUGUAAACAGUGAUAAUAAACCUGAUAUUAUCACUGCAAAUUCCGUCUCACACACCAUCAGUGUUCUCCUACACUGUUAA